GGCUGUAACGAGUAAAAUGGGGCUAUGAAUAGAAUUACUACCAAAUUCAAAUCCCAAUUCACCCAAAACCAGUAGAUUUUCUCGAAUCCUUUUCUCAUCGUCUAUUCAUCGUCUCUCUCUCUCACACACUCAGAGCUCCCUCGACAUUUUUGCACAACAAUUUGCACCGUGCAUAUAAACUAGCAUGUCAAUCUUGCCAUUGUCUCUCUCAGUUCCGGCAACGCCGCAAUCUCUCUCAUCAGGAAAAGCCCUUUCCGGCGGUCCGAUAUGGGCCCAAUCACUGUGCCUCGCCAAAAAACUAUCGCACCUCUCCCUCAAAACGACGCCGAUUCGGAUGGGCGGCGGGCCCCGGACCUACCCGGGAGGGGUCUCGAAGUGGCAGUGGAAGAGGAUGCAGGCAAAGAAAGCGAAGCAGCUGCUCAAAGCCCGCUUGGCCCGAGAACGGCAGAUAUACGAGAUGAGGAAACGGGCCGAGCUGAAGGCCGCCGUCUCCGAGCUCGAACGGCCCUGGGAGGCCGUCGAGAAGCCGCCCAACUUGUUCUCGGUCAGCGCGGACGAGCAAUUGAAGGUGCUGGCGGAUAGGUUUCAGAAGCCCGGUGGGCUUGAUUUGUGGUCUGAAAGGGACGGCCCGGAAUUGUUCCGGCACGAUAAUGGCUUGCCCUCUUCCCGAUUCUUCCCGAAAGGGGUUGUUCAUAGCAUUCAACCGUAUCGCAAAACGGGGAAAUCGGAUACUAAUUCGGACGGAUUUGAGGGCUCCGGUUUGGGAGAAGAUUUGGAUUCGGGCCGGGUUAGGGCAAAUGUUGAGAAAACGGAUUUGGGAGGAAAUGUGGGAGGUAUUGAGCUGAGAAGCUCGGAUGGUGCGGCGAAGGAAGGCCAAAAUCGAGACAUUAAGGGGAAAUUUAGGAAGAAGGGAAAUCGGAAAAUGUACAAGAGUGCUGAAUCAGAAAGAAUGGAUUCUGGAAAUUUAGGGAUUUAUGAUAGGAAGGAUCGCGUUCGGGGUGGUUCUCCUACAGAAAUUAGGAGGAGUAAUGGUGUAAAGAAGGGUCAGAAAUUGGAUUCAGAAGUGUUUGAUAUGAGUUUGCAAAAUGAUGGGAGCUAUGGGCUUGAAUUUGGAGAGUUGAGGUAGAUGUGAAGAGGAAGUUGAUGUGAUUGAAGCAUUAUAUAACUUUAUGAUAGGGAAACUGGUUUGCUUCCAUGUUGGCUAGGGAGUGGAAGCUCGAGAUCAGGAACACGGUCAGCGUGAUGUAAGCAACUGGCAAUGCAUAUGGUAUACCCCCCGGGGGAUAAUAUGUUGGGAACAUGAACAAGAUGAACGAAAAACAGAGGCACAGCUGCUUGAAUUUAGAGAACCAUACUUUCGAAGGGCUUAGUCUUGCUAUCCUAACUGUUUCUACCUUAACUUUCAAAGUUAGAACACUUGAGUUUGAAGUCCAUGUCCGUAGAUGAUUUUCAUAUGAGCAUGAGUCUCGAUCUUCAUUUAGAAGCUACUUGAAACUUACUGAUACACCAUGACCCUUCCUUCAUAACUUGUUAAAAUGUUUCUUUGUUUUGGUGGCAGUUGCAAAUUCAUUCUUUACCUGGUUUUGAUAUGUCGUGUUUCAGUCUUUUGACUAAGCUGAAUUCCCAACCGAGAGGUCUUUAGUAUAAUGAUUGCAACAAUAUAUUAAUGAUUAUUUCUCUUUUCCCAUCUUUCUGCUGGCCUUGGUGUAAUGAAUGGUCUAACAGUACUUGAUGCUUCUAUAUAAAAGAUGGAGAAUGGUCAAUAUGCUCUUAAGGCUCCACGUUUCGUGUGUGUUUCUUGGUUGACUCACUAUCUCGACAACGGAAAGUUAGAGAAAAAUGUUAUGAUAGAUUUUUUGAGUCUUUGUUUGUGCCAAUGGACAUUAGUAUGCUGCCAUUUCUGCUACCUGUAGGGAUGCCACUACACUUAAUUCCUAUAUAUAUAAUAUUGUACUAAUUUUACAUCUAGAAUCUUCAUGUUAAUGAUCUCCCACUACUCCAAUAGUCUAUUUCCAUUGAAAAUUGUAAUUAUCAUCACAAUUAGUGGAUAAUUUGCCAUGGAUUAUGGAUCUGGGAGUUGAGCAGGAUAUUAUCCCUUUCUGGAAAUACAAUCUGAAGAUGCUCUUUGAAAAGUGUUUUUCUCGUUUUGUAUCUACAUCGUCACUAAUGAAUAAUUUGGGAUAUAAUAGGCAAAAGAAUUUGUAAGAUAAGAGCUCUUUUUGUAUAGGUGAUUCUGCCUCUGUUGACCUUGAUUCUCUGCGGUUUUGCUUAUCGUCUUACCUUUUCAAAUUUCAGGACUCAAUUUCAUUUCUCUGUUGAUUACUGCAGAGUAUUCUAAAUCUUGUACAUCAUAUACAUACAAUGCUCUCUGUAUCCGUUCUUCGCAUUAGUGGUCAAAUCAGGUUUAACAGGUCUGUUGGAUGAAGAUUGAGGUUUGUAGUGCAUUCUCAAACAAGGAUAGGGGAUGUAAAUGAAUUGAAAUUACUGUAUUUCAGUCCUUUUGAGUUGGAGUUGGAAACAAAUUAUGUUUUGAGCUUGUUUGAAUAGAAUUAAGCACAAGUUUGUGCAGUAGUAAAAUGUAUGUUGCAAUGUAGAACAAGUAGGGUGCGUGUUUUCUUUAUGAUUCAAUGUAUUUAAUCUUUCUAUGAGUUGUCACAUUAAAAAAAAUGUGUUGCUUUAUUA